GUAGGUACUACUACGCCUUUGCCUACGUUGCCGGACCCGAGGGAGGAUUGAAUGGGACUCUGAGUCCUCCGGUCGAGAUCUUUGUUCCUACGGUUUCCAACGACUUCUCUCAACCUCCCCAGCUUGUCGCCACAGCACGUCAGGACCACGUGCAGUUUACCUUCUCUGCCGUUCAGCAGUUCGGCGUUGCGUGGGCCACUCUCCUGCCAUUCAGGACCAUUGAGAGUGUGAAGAGCUUUGCCAACGCAGCAGGAGGUUCGAAUUGCCGGAGAGAGGCCCUGAGCAUUGGCACCGCUGUGAAGGAGAUCUUGCUUGCAUCCUCGUUUCCGAAUGCCGGUGAUGGCUGCGACUUGACCACCAAUGGAAUGUAUGUGUUAGCCGUGUAUGUGGAGGAUAUCAACGGUCUCAACGACGGAACCUUGGCUCAGCUGCCCGUCCACAUCAGUCCCCGGCCGACAGUCUCAAAUCGCAUCGCGGCCGGACCAGUGAUAUCCGCCAAUCCGACGCCCAGCGAUGUGCACUUGACAUUCUCAGCGGCGAUUCCGGGCCGGUAUUGGGCCUUCAUCUUGCCGACAGACAGGACGAACGUAUUUACCCUGGAAACUGCGAAGUUUAUGGAUCUGAAUCCAGACACCGUCGGGCAAGCAGGCUGUCGCAAGAACGACGUGGAAAUGGGCUCCGGGGCCACGGAAGUUCACUUGACAGACUGCGAUCUCGUGAUGUCGGGACCAGGCAUCACCUUCUACUCCGCAUUUAUUUACGUUGAGGACAACAGCGGCCAAGUUGGAGACCUCUCCGCAGCAGUGACGGUUGUGGGCAUCUCGAACACAUUCCUGCCACCCUUCCCACGCAUAGUGGCGUUCGAAACAGACGGUAAAAUCUCUGUGGAUGUGCGCGUGAACAACUCUGGCCGCCUGUGGAGUCGAAUCGUAUAUUCCGACUUGUACCCCAGUAUUGAGCGCUAUUCUGGAGCUAUGUCGCUCACUGUAUUGAAGCAGUGGCAAGAUUAUCCGGACAACGGGCCCUCGUAUCAAAAUGAGAAUUGCAGUAUCUUUGAACUGGAUGUGACCGCGGAAAGGGAUUUCGAGGGCCUGCCAGUGCCUGUGUGGCUGAACUUCAGCAACUGUACAUUCACAUCUGGCACGAACUACAUGAUAGCGAUCUACGCUGAGGAUGCAGGAGGGAACAACGAUGGCGAGAUCAUAGGCUUGAAGCUGGACAAGUAUUACAACGCCAGCAACUACUUCAUUGCCUCUCCAUCUGUCGUUGGCACGGCAAUGGCCGAGACGUUCACAGUCCAGUUUCAGACCUGGGCUGCAGGCUUUGGAUGGUGUGCAAUCAUCUCCCCCCAAGAUGCUAAGUAUCUUACCGGAGCUGCUGUGAUGAGUGGGGAGGCAAGCCUUGGUGGCCCCAACUGCUGCAAGAACUCUGCCGGUUUCCUGACAGGUGGUGGUCUGGAGACAUUGACACUCACUGGGUGCGGUUUGAGCAUGGACACGGAAUACCUCUUCUUCAUGUACAUCAGCGGAGGCGCAUUGGAUGGCACGCUUUCCUCUGGACAUGCUUUCACCACCUUUGGCAGCCUCGGCCAUAUCCGGGUGCAGUGGCUCCAGAAGGAGACAGAUGAGGGUGGCGCUAUAGACCGGUAUCGUGUCUUCCUGAAUGGCACUCAGGUGUAUGACGACUAUGGUUAUCGAAGCAGCUUGGAGCAAGCCCGCGCAGGAUCACCACCUCGCUGGGUGCGCGUGGCAGACUUGGCAUGUACACCAGGCUUGAGCUAUGAGGUCACCUUGUCAGGGCGGAAUUUGGGUGGCUGGUCACCUUUGAGCGAGCCGCUGCAGACGGGCUGUUUCCUUCGUCCGGGUACCAUCUCGGAGCUGCGCGAGGUCUCUUCAUCAGUGUCGGCGGACAGAGAGACUGCAUCAUUGAGACUGGCAUGGAAUGCUCCACAAGAUGCAGCUGGUGCUGAGACGGCCUACUACAACGUCUACCGCGACCGUGGGUUGCGACAGGCCUUGUUCGAGCUGAUCGGCAGCACAGCUGUCACGCAGUUCGAUGAUUCAGGCUUGGUGCCUGGUCGCGACUAUGGUUACCAAGUGACUGCUGUGAAUGCUUUCGGUGAAGGACCUGUCAGUGACGUCUUGUUCCUCAAGGUUGCGGGCACACCGGUCAUAGAGACUCCCAAGGUGGAUCUUCUUGGUAUACUGAACCAGGCAGGCCUCCAAAUGACUCCAACCGCACAGACCGGGGAGUUAGACCAGGCGCGCAGCAACGAAACUGCAAGUGUCCCUUGUAGAGCUGCUAACAAGGGAUGCAACAGGGAUUCGAGGGUCUUUGCAGCUUCGCGUGUAGGCUCGCGGUUGGGGAUCUUUGUACUGCAAGCUCGUAGCACGUAG